UUUUGUCUUGCGCGACAACUUCCAGUUUUAUAUAUUAAACAAUGCAAAAAAUGAACAUAAUUAAAAUCAGCUUUCAAUAUCGACUGUUUUUAAAAGAAAUUUAAGUGGACCUUAUACAUAUUCUUUUGUUCCAAUGAAGUAUAUCAUGAUAUAUUCUUAAUCAUUGCAGUUUUAACUCUAACCUUCUCAAACAUGUACGGUUAUAGUCGAGAAGCUAUACGAGUCAAAGUGAAGAAAUGUGAAAUGAACUGCCAACCCGAAUGGAGAAAAUUUAGUGUUGAUCCUCAAAUUACAUCAGUAGAAAUAUUGCAUAGUAUUUUAGCUAAAGCAUUUGAUAUAAGGUCUGAUUUCUCGAUUUUCUAUAAAACUCUUGAUCCAUUAGGGCAUGAAACAUUCCUUGCUGUGAUGUCUGAUUGGGAUUUAGAUGCUGCAUUUUUAAGAACUCACAAUUAUUCGGUUCAAACUGGUUCUGAGCCCUGUCUGAAUUUGCGGGUUGACGUCAAAUCAUUUGAAGAAUCCAAUAAUUCUGAAAGAAGCUCUUUUGAAGCAUAUAAAUUGGAACAUUCGUCUUUUCAACAGUCUAUAGAUGCUGGUCAAAAAUAUGUUCAGAAUAUGCAAAACAAACUUCCUGGUUUGAUAAUGAAUCAAAUGGAGAAAACUUUUUCGAUGGUACAACGAGCUUUAAACUUUGCAGAAGAGCAAAUUCCUGUGUAUCCUCCCAGAGCACCAUUAUCAGACUCAGAAUUUAGAAGUUUUUUAGAUUCAGUAGGACAAAUAAUAAGGCCUCAAGACUUGCGGCAUGUAGUGUUUUUAGGGGGGAUAGAUCCUAGCCUUCGAAAAGUGGUUUGGAAGCAUAUCCUAAACGUAUAUCCCAACGGCAUGACAGGAAGAGAGAGAAUGGAUUACAUCAAGCGAAAAGCGUCCGAAUAUUUGCAAAUGCGGGAAGUGUGGAAAUCUGCUGUCCAAAGUGGCUCACUCGAUAAUGAGCUAGCUUAUGUAACAAGUAUGGUAAAAAAGGACGUUUUAAGAACUGAUCGUUUGCAUCAGUUUUAUGCUGGUAGUGAUGAUAAUCAAAAUAUAUCAUCACUAUUUAAUAUAUUAACAACAUUUGCUCUAAAUCAUCCAAAAGUAAGUUAUUGUCAAGGAAUGUCAGAUUUAGCCUCACCCCUUUUGGUAACAAUGAAUGACGAAGCUCAUGCAUACAUUUGCUUUUGCGCUAUAAUGGAACGUUUAAAAGCAAAUUUUAUGCUAGAUGGUAUAGCUAUGACACUAAAAUUUUCACAUCUCACAGAAGCUUUACAAUACUAUGACAUAGAAUUUUAUAAUUAUUUAAAACUUCAACAGGCAGACGAUUUAUUAUUUUGUUACAGAUGGUUGUUAUUAGAACUUAAAAGAGAAUUUCCAUUUGAAGAUUCAUUGAGGAUGCUAGAAGUUCAGUGGAGCUCACUGCGUAGUGAUCCACCUGACAAGGAAUUAAAAUUAUUUGAUAAAGAGUAUACUCCGCAAACAGAGGUAAAGCCAUGCAAACAUAAUUCUUUGAAUUCAAUGGAAGUGCAAAGAAAACAAAGAGAAAAUCAUUAUGCUAACAUAUGUGCUUUAAGACGUCAAACUUCAGCUAGUUCUUUAUAUUCUAAUCAUUCAUUAAAUCAGAUCAAUUUAUAUAAUUUAAAUGAAGAUACAAAUGGCACAAAAUUAGAUAAUUUUAAAAGACUUAAUCAUAGCUUAGAUGAAAACAUUACAAGAAUUCCCUUAAAGCAUGCAAAUCUUAUGAAAGCACAUCAAAGUUUAGAUGAAACCAAAAUGCUUCUUCUAAUGAGAAACAUUUCUCCAACUGAAUACUCAUCAGAUACUUUCAAUAAUUUAGUUACUGCAAAUGAUAAAAAAACAAUUAAAAAUCAAUCAUGUGAUAUGAAAAACUAUGAAAAUAAAAAAGUUAUAUUCCAUUCGACAAACCCUUUCAUAAAUGAUGUGAAAGGGGGAAGUACAGAAAUUUUAAUAUGCGAUGAUAAAAUGGAGCAAGAAAAAGUGAAUUUUAUUCAACCUAAUUUAGAAUGCACCAACUUAAACAAAAAUUUAAAUCUUAAUUAUGCCGAUGAGUCAAAUAAAGGAAAUUCAUUUGGUAAACCGGAUAGCAUUUCAACAUCGCAAAUAAUGACGAAACACAAAGGACAUUUCAAAGAACUAAAAGAAAAAAUUACGGCUUCAAAAAAAGGUAUAUCAGCUUCAACUGACAAAAUUGAAACACAGCUGGAUUUGAAAAAUGUGCCCAUAAAUCAAAACAUUACCAAAGAAGAAGCAUACCAGCAACAUUGCGACAAAUAUAACACAGAAAAAAACCAAAAAGUAGUGAAAAAUCUAAACGAAUUUUUGAAUUUCGCAAAUAAAACGAAAACACCAAAUAAACCUAUUCAAAACUGUCCAAAGAUUCAUAAUUCAAAUUUAAUUGAAGAAAAAAGUUCAAAUUAUAUUAAUAUGACUAAGCAGGAAUUGUCGGGUAACCUAGAAAUUAAUGAAAUAGUAAAAAAGUCAUUUUCAGAAGAACAUUGUCUUUUAGUUUCUGAAUUAGAUCUAGAAGAUAAGUUUCAAAUUAUAGAAAAUAAUGUAAAUCAGAUAAAAGAUAAACAAGAAUACGGAUUACAAAGAAAGUCUUCAAACAGUGAAAUAAAAAUAAAUGGAAAAAUGCAAGAUAUUUAUGACACGCUUCCAAAGGAGGACAAAUUGGGAAUUGAAAAUGCAAAAAAGGAUAACCAACGAACUGACUUUAAUAUAAACUACGAAAGAUUAGAUAAGAAUAUGAAUCUUGAAAGGAAUAUAGACAUAAAAGGAAACAUAAACAAACGAAAAAAUGCAAGUAGCGGCAAUAAUACCGACGUGUAUGUUUGGGAGAAUCCUUUACAUCAAAUUUCAAAAAAUUCAAUUUGCAGCUUAAGCGGAGUUGAUAUUAGUGAAAACGAAUUUAAGCAUAACAUCAAAUAUUUAGAAAACAACAAAAAUGAAGCCUGUCAAACGAAUGUUAAUAAAUUAGUUCUUAAAGAAGCAGUUAAUAAGCAGAAAAUUCUUUCGUAUAAAUCCAACUCAGACAUAAACGUAGAAAAAACAAAAAUCGAAUCGUUAUCUUUGAACCCGUUUUUAAGUGAUCAGCUUCAUGAAAGUAAACUAAGCAUCGCAAAAAAUUUAAAAAUUCAAGACUCUAAUGGUAUAAGCGAAAUUUAUAAAAAAAAAAUCGAAGACGUUUUAUGUACUAACGAUGAAAAGAAUGCAACUGAUAAAAUAGUUUUAAACAGUUUAUCAAACAAAAAUUUUAAAAUUGCAGAUUCUUAUUCAAAUAUACUGUCUGAUUUUGAUUUAGAAGAGAAUUCAGACCAAUGUCCAGUAAAGGUGAAUCAAAGAAGUAAUUUUCUACCUCCUCCAAAUGAAUUCGGUGGGGGUAAUCCAUUUCUAAUAUUUCUGUGUUUAACCUUAUUGCUACAACACCGCAACAUCAUAAUGAGAAAUAAUUUAGACUAUAACGAGAUGGCAAUGCAUUUUGACAAGAUGGUGAGAAAACAUGACGUUAACAGAGUAUUGAAUCAAGCACGACGCAUGUAUUUUGAAUAUCUAAAGACAUAUAAUGCCCUUGCAAACGCUGCAACUGCGACAGAAUCUUUAAAAAAAAAUUCUAACAACCUGGAAAAAUCAUAAUAAAAAUAU